GCCUCAGUGAACUUUCCUCAUAGCUCUUCAUAAACUCUUCAGGCAGACAGUCGUUUAAUAGAAAUGGAAUUAUCUCUGUCAAGUUUUUUGAUAAAUAACUUCCGACUAAUGCUUCAUGUGUUGUAUAAGCAUGAGUGGCUUCCUAUUAGUGGGGAUGUAAAGAGUGAGUAAAAGCCACGAACGGAGAACAACCUCUAAGUGAGUGCCUGCAUGAUUGUUCAUCCAUUCUCUAAAAAUUUAAACCCAACAGCACACUUUUUUUUGAUAUGCCAGAAAGCUUUAAAAAUAAUUGUUUUUUGUUGCUGAAAACAGAUUUUUUGGGGAGUUUUCUUUAUUUUUCGGUUGUUUUUUUUUUUAUAUAUUUUUUUGAAGUGUUUGGCUGAAACUGCAUUUGUGACUUUAACCCCUUAUUAUCUCAAAUAUGCAGGAAACUUCUAAAAUGACCUAAAUUUAGCAUAUACUUAAAGCAAAAAACUUAAGCUAAUUUUUUUUCAUAGGUGAAAACCAAUUCAGGUGCUAAGGGGUUAAACUUUUUGCAGGAUUCCAACAUGCAAUCUCCAAUAUUUCACUUUUAAGUCUUUGUUUUCAAAGAAAUGUCUGAAAAUCUAAAUGAAAAGACAAUUCUUCCAUCAACCAAAACCAUCCGUGUCUGUAUAAACUCUUGUUCUGAUCUUCUGCAUGACCUUGCCAUUAGCCGUCUGAGCUCAUCCUCUCCGUCUUUGUCCUGCUUUGUUGCAGACGGGGCUUCCCUGAGCGAGCUGUCUUGGCCUUCCUCUGUAGCAGUUGUUGCCGUCUCCUUCUCUGGCCUCUUCACCUUCGUCUUCCUCAUGUUGGCUUGCCUCUGCUGUAAAAAGGGAGACAUCGGCUUCAAGGAGUUCGAGAACACCGAGAGAGAUGGGUACCAGGCGGACCGCUCUGCACUGGCCUCGCCGUCCUCCCAGAACGGCCCGGAGGUUUACAUCCUGCCCCUCACAGAGGUCUCCCUGCCCGUCUCCAAGCAGCCCGGCAGAUCCAUCCAGCUGCUGAAAUCAUCAGACCUCGGUCGUCACAGUCUGCUGUAUCUAAAGGAGAUUGGACACGGAUGGUUUGGAAGGGUUCUGCUGGGUGAAGUCAGUGCGGGCCUCAACAGCACCCAGGUGGUGGUGAAAGAGUUGAAGGCCAGCUCCAGCGUCCAAGACCAAAUGCAAUUUCUUGAGGAGAACCAGCCAUACCAAACGCUCCAGCAUCCUGCCCUCCUCCAAUGCCUCUCCCAGUGUUUGGAAGUCACUCCUUAUCUGCUGGUCAUGGAGUUUUGCCCUCUGGGUGAUCUGAAAACGUACCUCCGCAGCUGCCAGGCUGCCGAUUCUGAAACUCCCGACACUUUGAUCCUUCAGAGGAUGGCGUGUGACAUUGCUUCAGGGCUUCUGCAUCUCCACAAGAACAACUUUAUCCACAGUGACCUGGCCCUGCGAAACUGUCUGCUCACCUCAGAAAUGUCCGUGAAGAUCGGAGACUACGGACUUUCCCACAGCCGAUUCAAGGAUGACUAUUACAUAACACAAGACCAAAUAUGGGUGCCGCUGCGCUGGAUCGCACCAGAGCUCAUCGAUGAGGUCCAUGGAAACCUGCUGGUCGUGGAUCAAACCAAAAGUAGUAAUAUAUGGUCAUUAGGGGUGACUUUGUGGGAGCUGUUUGAGCUCGGAAACCAGCCGUUCAGACAGUAUUCUGACAGACAGGUGUUGACUUACGCUGUGAAAGAGCAGCAGCUUAAACUACCCAAACCUCAGCUUGAGCUCCCUCUAUCUGACCGCUGGUACGAGGUUCUGCAGUUCUGCUGGCUGCAGCCGGAGCUCAGGCCCAGCAGCGAGGAGGUGCAUCUCCUGGUGACGUACUUGUGUGCCAAAGGCUCCAGCGAAGCCGAGGAAGACUUUGAGCUACGCUGGAAUGCUCUGAAACCCAACUUGCUGUGCAGCCCCUCCCACACAGCUGCGUCCACAACCCCAGUGCUCACCCCCAAAUCUGCAUCUGCUGGGGUUCCCAUCGCAGAGCAAACCCAAGCAGUGGAGCUGGCCUCCUCUGCCUCGUCCUCCUUCCCCCUCCUGGAGGGCUUCUCCGACAGCUUUCCAUCCGACACCGGGGACGAUCUGCUGACGGUCACAGAAACAAGCCAUGGUCUAAACUUUGAGUACAAGUGGGAGCAGGCCCGCAGCGAACAGCCCUACUGCUCCUCAUACACCAGCGGCCCACUGGGCCAGGGGAACCCGCACUACCAGGAUAUUUACUAUUCAAGCGGGGGGCGCCCCUCAGAGGGCUGCGGGACUGAAAGCAUUUCCCCUCCGUACUAUAAAGCCGAACACACGGCUGUGGUUCCAGUGUUGAGUGCUCACAGCCCCUCAGUCAGCAGCGAGUACUACAUUCGCAUAGAGGAGCCCAUGCAGUGCAACAUGAAGCUAGACAACAGCCCCGGACCCGAAACCAUCAACUGCAGGUUAUCCACCAGGAAUUCAUCCAUGCCACAAUCGUAUUGGUCCACUGCUGAAAACACAGAAUCGAAUGCUUAUGAUUCUGAUUUAAGCCCCGCCGUGCAGCCUAAACGUCUAACCAGCACCAGUCCUAUAAGCUUAAGCCAGUCUGAUACUUGUCUCUCUCCCAGCUGCAGUGAAACUUUCCACUCUAAACGCAUAGUGAACAAAACACGCUGCCAGUCCUGUCUGGACGUACCGUACGACUCAAACUUUGACCAAUCAGAGAGUCGAUUGGAAAAUCCUCGAAGUCUAUCACAAGCAGUUAGCAGCCCCAGCUUAGGUUUCUGUGAUCCCUACCUUGAACGGAGCUCGGGUUGUUGCUCGAUUAACGAAACAAGCGUUGAUAUGACUCUCAGAAAGACCCUGCCUGUCGUUCCCCGCAUUGAUGUGGAAACGGGAGACGGGCUGCUGUUGGGUCGUCGGCGAAGCGGAGAGACGGAGGACGACUUAUUCUCUGAAGCAGAGGCCACUAACUGGAUCUCAAACCACUCCGCCAACAACAACAGCCUGAGCUUCGACAGCCGGCAGAGUGGCAGUGGAUACGACAGCUACCUGAACUUUCAAUCGAACUCAACAGAACUCUGGUCUCUAACCAAGGCCACCACAAAAACCUUCCACAACUCCAAGCCGUUUGCUCCAACGGAGAACAGAGGGGACUCUUGUAAAGCUGCUGGAAUCGGCUCAUAUAUUCACUUGUGCCACAAAGAAGAGGAAGCUACUCGAGUGGAAAGGUGUUUAAAUGUAGAUCUCUUGCAAAGUGAGAAUUCCAGGAGUCCAGAGCAACUGGAGGGGGAAUAUAAAACACAAUCACUGCUUAAUCGAGAGAGGAUGUACUCUGAGAUGAGACCUGAGGAAAGCUUUCUGAAGUCGUUGAUGAAACAUCCCAGUGAUAAAGCGGAGGUUUUGUCAAACAGGAGGGGGAACCUUUGGGAGGUGGUUCCAGCUGGGCUAUCUGUGGGUGAAUCUGACAGUAGCAGAGCGUUCGGGGUCAGAAACUCCAGCAGCUGCAUGGUCGAGCUUGGGGAUUGCAGUGAAGACGACCUCGCCGACAUUACAUCAGGGAUCUUUGCCGACUUUAACCUCGACUAUGCUGAGAUGGAGGAGGAGGAGGAGCUGACGCCGAAGAAGAAUCCGGAGAGAAGUCCUGAUUCGGUGGACACCAUUAACCCUCUGUCAUCCAUGGGAAGCUCUUACGACCAGACGUUCAGCCCCGAUCCGUUUGGCAACCCCAUUUUCCCCAAAUCUCUGGACAGCGGCUACGACACCGAGAACAACGAAUCGCCAGAGUUUAUCUUUAAAGAGCUCGGUGGUGAGAUGAGCCCCAUCCUGGGUGGAGACCCUGCAGUCCUGCAGCAGGUGGGUUCAGGACAAUAUGUCUGCACAUCUAUAAGCACCUCACAGAUGCAUGUGAAAGGCAUGGCUGGCAAAAACCCAUGCAGGGACUCAGCUUAUUUUUCUGAUUAUGAUGCGGAGUGUGAGAAGAGUCCUCACGAGGAAGGCAUUCCAAGAAAGCAUUCCAGUCCUGCUGAAAGCUUUUCAGGAGAGCUUCCUGCUGAAAAGCACGUCAGUGGCAAAAAUGUAACAAAUCUGAGGGACGUCAAAAGUUGUGUUGUGGUGAAUCUCUCAGAGGCUGACUGUCCUUCACCCUACUCUUUUCCCGCCCCUGGGUUGUCCAUGCUGUCACCAUUUCCUCCACAGAUGGGCGGGUGUCUGACCAAAGAGUCUGCGCCUGCAGAUGAUGAUCUGGGCUUGGAGAGCGAGCAUUCAGGGGACGAGCCAGCCUCAGAGCUCAGUUCCUGCGUCGGCUCAGACAAUUCUUCGUCUGCCCAGAACUCCUCAGCAAAUCCCGAUGAAGAGAACUGCUCCGCUGACCAGUCAUCUGGGUGCACAACAAACGAUUGCAAAAAGAAUCCCCGUGAAACCGGUGAGGGAUCCACAGAGGAGGAGGAGCUGUCCGAUUACAAUCAUGCCAGCGACGAGGCUGACGACACAAGGGAGUGUGCGAGAAUAAACGAGGAGGACUUUGAGGACAUAGAUGCAGAGGAAUGCGACAGCCUGUACGAAGAGACCAACGGCCCCCACGACCUCUCCACGUCCUCGUCCUUAUUGGAGCUUUGCGGAGAAGACGUGAGAGCUCCUCUGGAGGUGGGGGAAGAUGAAGAAGACAGCGACGACAGCGAGUCUGACGAAGAGCUGAGAACGUACAAUAUCCAAGAUGAAGACAGCGAGGAGAGCGAGGAGGAUUUCAGCACAGUGCCGGUGGUGGUAAGUGACUGCAGCCGGGCGAGACACCUCCGCAGCCUCCUGAAGAUGCCCACGCUGCUGACGCAAUCCUUCUGCGACGAGCUGGAGAGGAAGAAGAAAGCCGUGUCCUUUUUUGAUGAUGUGACCGUGUAUCUUUUUGACCAGGAGAGUCCCACUGGAGAGCUGGCUGACUUUUCCCUUUCCUCAGACGCAGAGGAAGGUCAACAGGAAUCCUCGGAGUCGGAGCUCGAUCCAGAGCUCUGCGAAUCUUUCUGUGUUUCUAAAGAAAUAAAUUCUGAUGACGGUGGGAGUUGUACAUGGGAAAAUGAAGAGAGCUUUGAGAGCAGUCCAUCUUCACCCCCUAGCGACCCUGAGCCCGACCCCGCAGCCUCAUCGAUCGCCAGCAGCCCCGAGGCUCCUAAACCCGCUGCAGUGACACUUAACCGCUUCAUGGGGUCUCGAUUCUCCAUCACUCACGUGUUCGACCAGCACGCGAGCUCGGCAGCAGGAAACAGUCAGGACGAGAUGAAAAACUGAGCGUGCUGCGAUGCUGGUUAGGCGACUGGCACCUGACUAAAGCAGCAUCAUUACUUUUAGAUGUUUUUCCACAUAUUUUGUACAGGGCCAUGUGCACGGAACAAACCCCACCAUCAACGGUUAGGAUGAAAACCCCAGGACAACCACACAGUCUGAUGACCCAUCAAAUCGACUCUUACUUUAGAACACAUUAUAGCGUUUGAGCUUUGCUGGAAUAAUCGGAGGAGACUUGAGCCGAGAUCGGAAGCGUCACAGCACUGUGCAACCCCGGGUAGAUGUUUUAUUUUUCUGUAGAGCAUCUAUUCCAGAGUCAUUUUUUAUGAGACAGUGCCUCAUAUUGUAGUGAAAUAAUUUGCACACACUGUUUUUUUGUUGUGAACAAUAGCUGCUGGAAACCGAGAUAUAAAUCCCCAUUAAGUCAAAUCGUAAACAUUUGUUUUAACAUGACACUGUAAGACAUGCAAGACAUUUCAUGGGGCGGCCUUAUUUUUCUUUUCUUAUAUGCAAUCUAUAUAUUAAAAAAAAAACAAAAAUCUAAAAUGAAAGGUUUGGGGAAUGUGAAACGACAGGCUUCGUUUUCUUGCUUUUUCCGACUAUGUUGCCAGAAGAGGAAGGCGGUGGUUGAUGACGGUCGGGUAAAAGAGGUCUGAGAGGAGACAACACCCGACAGUCGGGGCUGAUGCUGGUCACAGCUAGAACUCAUAAUCCAAGUCAUUUAGAUAUUUGUUGUGCUAUUCAUUCUCACUCCCAACUCGUCAUGUAUAGACGUAUGGUUUGGGCCCCCUCUGCGCCACUUGACGUUUUGAGGUCGUUUUUAGACAUGAUGGCUGUUCCCAUUAAAUCAGGGGUCCCCAACCUACGGACCACAAACUGGUACUGGUCCGAGGGCCACAGACUUUAAUCACAGGUCCCCAAACCUCGGGACAUGGUAUGGGGCGCGGAACAGAUACCAGGUUAAGUAGGGUUAAUUAGCGCCUGUGGUCCAAUUCCAAGCAGCAAUCGGACUGGUUACGGUCCCAUUGCACAGGGGUAGGGUGCCCAAUUUAAUGGGAACAGCCAGAAUGUUAAUAAACAACGAAUUGGGGACCCCCAAAAUGCCAAAAAGUGGCACAGAGGGGACCCAAACCAUACGUCCACACAUGACGAGUUGGAAGUUAGAAUUUGUUGGACUCAAAUCCAGAAGUUCCCAAACACAUCCACCCCUAAAUGUGGACUAUAGAGCACUUUUUUUUCCCAGCCUUGUGUCAUCUUUAUCUUCUGGAAUAAAGUAAGGUUGCCCAUAUUUGUCCAGAUGUUAAGACAUAAUUGCAGAAGAAAUAACUUUUUCAAUAGAAAUAUGUUAUUUCUACUAAAUCUUAUACCUCACCACAGUUUUGAACACACAACUCAGACAUGUAGACACAAAAAUAUCAAAGUGUAGCUUGAUUUUCAUCACUUCUGCAUCAGCUACACCCCCUUCAUUCUAUCCUCUGUCUCGCUAAGUGCCAACGCCUUUCCCAUUCACCUUUGCCUCUUAAGUUGUGCAAGACGAGAAAACACAGUCAGUAUUUUUGUAUGCAUGUCUAAAAAAAAAAAGAUACGGCCAACUCUCACAUGAGCCAUUUAAGAGUUCGAGUGCCAGACGCCUUUGGAUGGGUCAGGUGGGCAGAUCUUUGCACCAGAAGCAUCAUUGCUGUUUUUAUUUAUGUAUCACUCAUGGCUCCUGUACCAUCAACCUCCUAAAAUCAAAUAAAGAAUUAUAUACAUACAUGCAUCUUUA